GACCACCUUUCUCAGUUGCAAGUGGUUCCUUUCCGCCCAUGAAUUCAUAGGUGUGAGGAGUCUUUUAGAGUUACAGUCCGAGCACUCGGUCCAGGUUGCUAUGAUGGCUGCUCGCAGGGCUGAGCUUGCUCAGAAGCAGAGAAAGGGGCAUGCCGAAUCUCCUUUCCAAGAUGAUGAAGAGCUCCUUCCUACGGGUGAUGACGACGAGACUUCUGAGGAGGAAUAUGUGGAUAUAGAUACUGACAGAGAAGAACUUGAUACAGGUAGGACAGUUGACGAUCACGAGUCGCCAGCUUCUCGUUAUACGAGCUCAGGGCCCGGCGAUCGAGCUCCCACGCAUGUUGAGACGUGUGACAAGUCCGUGCAUGACCGACCUGUUGGUCCUAGGAGGGCGGGCGUCCCGAAAAGGAAGAAGACCGCUCAUAAACCACACGACGGUCAGCGUCCUUUUGAAAUGGAUGUAGGAAGCAUCGCCGAUGGAGGGGAAGGUGAAUAG